CCACUGUAAUCUUUGCUUUUAAAAUGCUUCCCACCAUGUUAAUUCCCAAUUCUCCCACCCAUUUAGCUUGACACAAAUUUCAAAUUCUUUUUUUUAUUUUUUUAUUUUUUUUUAAGUUUGUUCUAGAUUCAUAAAUGGAGCUAGAAUUGGGAUUAAAGAUCACCAAAACCAGGCAUGAUCUAACUUCCACAGCCAAGUUUCAGCUUUCCAAAGACCCAUUUGGUCCUUUUUUUACCUCUAGAGAAACUGAAACCAUGUUCAUCCUCACUGCCCAUCUCAAAGGUUAUAGAAGAGAAAGUAUUGGUAUAAAGAUCAAUGAAGAUGGGACGCAGAUUUCAAUUAGCGGGGAGAAACCAGUUCAAGAAAUGGUGAUGAUAGGAUGGACAAUGCAAAAACAAGAGGUGGAGCUGAGGGGAUUCAUUAAAGUUUUCCAAAUCCCUUCCGGUGUUGUUCUCGAUCGAAUCAAGGCUAAGUUUAGAGACGAAGAAUCGAUUUUGACGAUCUCGAUGCCAAAAUCGACGAAAGGAAUUCGUGGGGUUGGGAUUGUGGAAGUUAAGGAAGAAGACGUGGUUGACAAAGGGAGGCCUACUAAGAUCACAAAGACUGCAAGUGAUGAUGAUCAUAAGGUCCCUGAAAGAGUUGAAACAAAAGAAGAACAACAAGAAAUUCAUAAGGUUGCUGAUAAGGAAGAACAUGUUGAAGCAACAAUACCAGAGAAAAUUGAAGAACCAAAGAAUGAAAAGAAGGCAGAACAUGAUCAGGUUGAUGAAGGGAAAUUGGAGCCAAUGGAAAUUGAGACUGAUAAAGCAGAGGAAAUUGGUCAGAAUGUUGCAGAGUCAUCAAAAGCAUUAGAAACUGAGCAUCAAACAGAGAAAGCAACUCCAAAAGCAGAUAUUGAAGCCCCUAUUGAAGAGCCUAAUGGACUAGAAACUGAUCAGAUUCAGAAGCAGACAAGAUCAGAAAGUGCUCUUGUCCCAGGGAGCAUUGACACCAAACAAGAAACUCAAUCUGAAGAAACAGAGGCUGUAGAUGGAAUUCAUGAAGAUUUGCAAAACCAAGAAGCCAAGAAAACAUCGCAAGCUGAUCAUAAUGAUGUAACUGAAGAAGCAGAAACUUCUCAGCCAGAUAAUCGUGCAGAUCAAAAAGACAAAGAUGAAGUAAAAGAAACUGAUAAAUCAGGAAACCAAACUCAGGAAAUCAGUGAAGAAAAACACGAUGAAGGUAAGGAGGAAAUCAGGGAGAAUGAUUCACCUGAAGAUGGAAAAAAGAAAGAUGUCAUUGAGGUCGAAACUCGAGAGAGGAAACCUGGUUCGAGAAGGCGUAAGAAGCUUUGCCGUCCUUGUGCUAUUGCAGGUUCAGCUCUUCUUGUGUCACUUGUAGUGAUUGUGAUUAACUGGAUUAGAUCAAGAAAAAGAUAGGUUCUGUAAAGUUUUUAAUUUGCCUGCUUUUCUUUUUAAUUUUUUUCUUCUUCUUUUUUUCCCCUGUCAAAUGGACAUUUAUUGUAGAAGACUGCUCUGACUAAGAAUUGCUUGCUGAGUUAGAAACUUAUACAAAAGGUUUCAAUGGCUAUGUUUGGAACAUAGACUAAUGCGUCAAUGGAAGAGAAAUAAAAAUCUUGAUCAUAUUUUGUUCUCAUUUUUAUGUACUUUGCUUUUCCUUUUUUGUUCAAAUAAAAUCCGUUAUAUUUA